GUUCUGCCUCAGCAUUUCGAUACAUAUUCUCAUUCAAGGAUAUAGACUGUUCUUUGAGCGCUAGAACAAAUUGAUGAUGAGACCAAGAUUUGUGAUGACCCUCAUACAAGACAUUUUCUCUACACAGAAUAGGUCACCGAGGUCAAAAUGGAAUCAUUAACAGAGACCCCAUGGGAUGUGACAAUAUCCGGGACGGGGCUUGCGCAGUCACUUCUGGCAUUAGCUCUGUCCCGGUCAGGUAAGAAGGUUCUUCACGUGGAUAAGAAUAUAUACUAUGGAGGACCUGAGGCUGCUUUCAGCGUCCAGGAGGCACAGGAAUGGGUAGACUUGUUACAGAAAGAGCCUGGUCGAGAGCCAUUUGAAGAUGUCUCCAUUUAUGCGCCCUCGAAUGCAUCAGACGACGGGAAGAAGCUGUCCUUCUCUAGAGCUUACACACUAUCACUGUCACCGCAGCUAGUCUAUACUCGAUCGAAGCUGCUGCCCACACUUGUGUCCUCCAGAGUUUAUAGACAGCUCGAAUUUCAAGCCGUCGGAAGUUGGUGGAUCUACGGCAACUCGGGCGCCGCUGAUGACGAUGCAUCCAGAAAACUUCGACGAGUACCGAGUAGCCGCGAAGAUAUCUUCGCUGAUGACAUGAUCAGUAUGAAGGCAAAGAGAAUGUUGAUCAGGUUUCUUCGGAAUGUCAACCAGCCACAGCAGACUGAGACAGAUGAUGAACAAUCCGCAACAGACGAGGGUAAUUCGAGCCUUUCUCUUUCGAAAUAUCUGAAUACAAAAUUCAAUGCUCCAUCAGAACUGCACAACCCUAUACAUUCGCUGUCAUUGUGUCAGCAGUCGCCCGAGCACACGCCUACGGACAUCGCGCUGCCUCGUAUCAAACGACAUUUAGGCUCACUAGGUGUGUUUGGACCUGGCUUUGGGAGUUUAGUCGCAAAGUGGGGUGGUGGCGCAGAGAUUGCUCAAGUGGGUUGCCGUGCGUUGGCUGUCGGUGGUGGUGUCUAUGUGUUGGGUCGAGGCAUUGACUCUGUCGACACUUCCAAAGAUGACCAAGGCUUUUACCAGUUGACUCUAUCGAGUGGAGAGCAUAUACGCAGCAAAUAUAUUGCAGGAUCUCUCUGGGAUUUGCCACAAGAUGCGGGCGGUCCUUCGAUAUCGACUGAAAAAGUCGCUCGCUCAAUAUCUAUUGUUUCCUCGCCGUUGAAACGACUUUUCCCAAUCACCGCAGAAGGAGGUCCUAUACCUGCAGGAGCAGUAGUACUCGUUCCUGGCGAAGUACUUCCCGACGGUACUUCAAAUCAUGCUCCGGUAUACUUGCUAGUCCACUCUAGUGAGACUGGAGAAUGCCCAGAUGGACAAUGUGUUAUCUACGGCAGCAUCUCUGUAUCCGGUCAAGAAGGCCAACAUCUUUUGGAGAUAGCAAUCAACCGUCUACUCGACUCAUUUAUUGAGGAAACAGACAAGCCCGCGGUUUUGUGGUCCUUGCGCUUCACUCAAAUCGGGACACUGGAUAGCACCCAGGGUUCACCAGUUCUGUAUAAGAGUACAAAGUCAGAUCAAAUAUUGUACUUUGCGCCACCGAGCUUGGACCUCGCUUUUGACGAUAGGGUGGUGGAAAGCGUAAGAGAAUGCUGGAAAGCAAUCCUAGACGAGGAAGCGCAGGACGACAUGUUUAUGAAAUUUGAGGAUAGAGAGACAUAUGAUGACGAUUACGUUUGACGGUUUCAAUCAAGAAGAGCAUGUAACUAUGUUGCCUCUACUGUAUACAUAAGCACGUUGUCAACCUAAGGACACAUAAUUGACUUGCAGACAGACUAC